CAUCACCUUCUAUUAAGCUUCUUGUGGAUGACCCGAUAGUGGUGAACCCUGGAGAAGCGAUCACCUUAGUCUGUGUGACAACAGGAGGGGAGCCAGCCCCCAGCCUGACAUGGGUGAGGUCUGCCGGCAUCCUGCCUGAGAAGACGGUGCUGAACGGCGGCACUUUAACAAUACCUGCCAUCGCAUCAGAAGAUGCUGGCACGUACAGUUGCAUCGCCAAUAACAAUGUUGGAAAUCCUGCGAAAAAGUCCACCAAUAUCAUCGUAAGAGCCUUAAAAAAGGGACGUUUUUGGAUUACCCCUGACCCAUAUCACAAAGAUGACAACAUCCAGAUUGGGCGAGAGGUGAAAAUCUCCUGUCAGGUAGAAGCCAUCCCUUCUGAAGAGCUUACGUUCAGCUGGUUUAAGAAUGGACGUCCCUUGCGAAGCUCUGAAAGGAUGGUCAUUACACAGACUGACCCCGAUGUUUCACCUGGCACCACAAACCUGGACAUCAUUGACUUGAAAUUUACUGACUUUGGGACGUACACGUGUGUUGCAUCUCUGAAGGGAGGUGGCAUAUCAGAUAUCAGCAUUGAUGUCAACAUCUCCAGCAGUACAGUCCCACCCAAUUUGACUGUUCCUCAAGAAAAGUCUCCCCUGGUCACCCGGGAAGGGGACACGAUCGAACUGCAGUGCCAGGUGACAGGGAAGCCCAAGCCCAUCAUUCUCUGGUCCCGAGCAGACAAGGAAGUUGUGAUGCCGGACGGAGCAAUGCAGACUGAGAGCUACGAUGGGAUCCUGAGAAUAGUGAACGUGUCCAGGGAAAUGACAGGAACCUACAGGUGCCAGACCAGCCAGUACAAUGGGUUUAAUGUAAAGCCCAGAGAAGCUUUGGUACAGCUCAUUGUACAGU